UUGAAGAUUUGUUUUUUUUUGGUGUUGCUUCCUUUUCGCAAUUAUCUUACAAAAAGAAGGAUUAUUUGUUUCCACCACAUGCAGCCGUUUUGCUACGAGUUUUAAAACACUUGGACGGUUAACAGUGAGUGAGGAAGAGAAGACAACAAGAGCGACAAACAUGCGUUUAAUCCACAACAUGACGACCAUCGCGGAGUGCGCGACGCCGGACUACUCGCUACCAAACCGGGCUAUGAAAAUAGCCGUGAUAGGGGGAGGCGGCGUGGGCAAAACCGCGCUCGUUGUUCGCUUUCUGACGAGGAGAUUCAUUGGAGACUACGAGAGGAAUGCUGGCAACCUGUAUUCGAGAGAGGUCCAGGUGGACGGCGAGCAAGUCAGCCUCCAGGUUCAGGACACGCCCGGUGUAGAGAUGAGCGACAACGGCGCAGUCCUCCCCGACCACGUGUCGUGCUCCCUGCAGUGGGCCGACGCAGUGGUGCUGGUGUACUCCGUCACGGAUCGCCGCAGCUUCGACCUGGUGUCGCAGUUGCAUCAACGCGUGACACGGUGCGGUAAUAGCAGCGGCGGGCCCCCUGUGGUCCUGUUGGCCAACAAGGCGGACCUGGUCCACCUGCGCCGCGUGGACCCCCAGCAGGGCCCCCUGCUGGCCACCACGCUGGGCUGCGCCUUCUACGAGGUGUCGGCCAGCGAGGACUACAGCCGGGUGCACGACGCCUUCCACCGGCUGUGCUGUCAGCUGGCCAAGCAGCGGCCCCCCCAGUCGGCGCCGCCCGCGCCCGCCGAGAAACGGCGGCCCAAGUCGCCCAACAUGCAGGACCUGAAGAGGCGCUUCAAGCAGGCGCUCUCCGCCAAGGUCCGGACAGUCACCUCUGUGUGAGGCCUUCCGCUUUGCAGUGGGAUUAGUUUUUUUUUGGGGGGGUUUCCGAGAAGCUGCUUCUCAAGUGACGUCCUGAAUGAGGAAGCCGGCGACGAUUGUGAGGCGCUCUUCUCGUUUUGCCUGUCGAAAGGCAGCAGGCGUUCCUCCAGACUGCUCCGCCACCACACACACGAGGCGGGACACAAAUGGCGGCGGGGUGUAGCAUGGCAGCGUUGUUAUCACUGAUGCACUUUAAACACUGUGGGGCCCAAGGGCCUGUUGUUGUUGUUGUUGUUGGUGGUAUUUAUUUGUCAACGGUUCACAAGGUUUGUGUUCACAAUAA